UUUUUCGCGUCUUUCUCACUGUCAAUCUACCAACUCAUUUCUCCAUUUUUCUUCAGAAACAAUCAGCAAUGGCUCUCAGAACCCUACUAACCAGAAAAAUCCUAGCAGAUUCUCCGUUGGGGACGCUAAGAUUUCGUGGCCUGCAGACUUUCUCGCUGCCCGAUCUACCGUAUGACUACGGGGCCCUAGAGCCGGCCAUUAGCGGCGACAUAAUGCAGCUGCACCAUCAGAAGCACCAUCAGACUUACAUUACUAAUUACAAUAAGGCUCUUGAGCAGCUUGAUGACGCCGUGGCCAAGGGCGAUGCUCCCGCCGUAGUCAAGUUGCAGAGUGCAAUCAAGUUCAAUGGCGGAGGUCAUGUCAAUCACUCAAUUUUCUGGAAAAAUCUUGCUCCUGUUCGUGAAGGUGGUGGCGAGCCGCCCAAGAGUUCUUUAGGUUGGGCUAUUGACAAUCACUUUGGUUCUUUAGAAGUUUUAAUACAGAAAAUGAAUGCAGAAGGUGCUGCUUUGCAGGGCUCUGGAUGGAUUUGGCUUGGUCUGGACACAGAGUUGAAGCGCCUGGUGGUUGAAACUACUGCAAAUCAGGAUCCACUGGUCACUAAAGGACCAAAUCUGGUUCCUCUGCUUGGUAUUGAUGUCUGGGAGCAUGCAUACUACUUGCAGUACAAAAAUGUGCGACCUGAUUACCUGAAGAACAUAUGGAAAGUCAUGAACUGGAAAUACGCAGGCGAGGUGUUUGACAAAGAAUGCCCCUGAUGUGAGAAACAUUGCAAUCUCUGAGUACUGUUUUUCAAGCAAACUGGUGAUUGAGAUCUACGCACGUGCCCAGAAAUAAAAUUGCACGACAAUUUAGCUGCCUAUUUUUGAAUAGGCUGAUUCAUGUUAUUGUAUGUGCAAUAAUUAAAUGAAUGCUAUUUUUCCGGUUUUCUGACUGCUUUUGUGAAAGCCCCUCAAGCAUGAAAUGUUGUUGAAGCUACAGAAUCAACUGUAAAAGCAUUCCCAAUUAUAUUUA